CCACCGGGAGAACCCAUUUUCCUCGAGGGAGGACACUUGUUGAUUUCGAUUUCCAGGCUGUCUGCGACUAUACUUCCUGGACUCUGAACAAUCAUAGUCGGUUUCUAACUUACCGAUAGCUGGUGUGUUGGUAAACUUUAAUUUUGAUUCAUUAUUUAUUCAUACGACCUGCUCUAGGAGAGAUCCGUGAAAAAUGAAGAUUAAUUUAGGGUGUUAGAGCACUCCAGUUGCCUUAGAAGAGUGUGAAAAAUGUUCGUUUUCAAGAAAAACGCCAUUUUCUAUUCCGUUAGUUCUUCAUAGCUAGAUGGCGCCACUCGUACCAUCGCCGAAGUUAUGUAGUUACCUGGCAACUGAAUUUGUUUAUUUGACAAUUAUUUUGGUUUGGCUUCCACCUCGCCUGGUUGCUUGUAAAUUUUAAAGAACAUUUGAUGAUGAUCAUCUGCUUAUUUGAUAAAUUGACGUGGUAAACAUGUCUCAUAGUAGUUUCCACAAUUCCAAAGACAAUUUCGUGAGGGAGAGACAAAUACUGGAACCUGAAGCCAGCUCCGAGGAUCAUAUUGUGAAACGGUCGCAGUCUGGACGGCAAAUUAAAGAAUUAAAUCUUAAUCUGAGAAAAUGUCAAAGCGUAGAUGGAUCUGUAAAAAAAUUACAUAAAAGAAGGCGCAGGGUGAGGCCACGAAGCCUGAAGGUGCCACAGGUGCCCGAGAAAAUUGUUAAUAUUGUGAAUAUCCUACAGCACGAAAACUUCUUGGAAGUGGUCGACCGAUUCUUCAAGCCCAAGGUUGCCAAGCAACCGUGAAGAAGAAUCGUGGUCUAUUAAGUCCAAUAUGAGGGAAAAAUUGUCAUUGUAUAAUUAAGUUAUAACAAUUUGUAACUUCGUCCUUCAAACAUAUAAAUAAACAUCCUUACAUGAUGAAGAAGAAAAUGUUACUUAAUAUACAUUGUGCUUUAUUCAGCAAUUUGAAGCUUGCCAUGAACACAUUCUUGUCAAACGUCACAGUGUCAAAAAUACACGUGAAUUCUUAUUUACAAUUAAACUUAUCGCUAUUGCGUAUUCAAUAUGAUUUAUAAUUAUAAUUGUAAAGUGUCAUUAAUGUAAUAAUAAGUAACAAUCGCAGUAUAAUCUUA